AUGUCCCUCUCCGAUGCAAAAAACAGGUUCCUGUUCAUCGACGUCGGUGCAGGAGGUGCUGGGGAUGGAGGAACCUGGCAGAAGUGCAACCUGGCCAGGGCCAUCACAAACAACCGAGCAGGACUCCCACAAGACAGAAAUCUGCCCAAUGAUGACGAACCCAUCCCCUUCCACAUAGUCGCCGACGAUGCCUUCUCUCUCAAUCCGUGGUUGAUGAAGCCCUACUCAUGCGAAUCACAAGAUCCCACCAAACGACUAUACAGCUUCAGAUUAUCUUGCGCUCGUUGUGUGGUGGAAAAUGCAUUCGGCCUGCUGCAGAUGGGAUGGCGAGUCUUCGGGACGACGAUGCAACAGGAUGUAGAGGUGUGCAAUAAGAUAACUUUGUGCACAUGUGUCAUGCACAACCUGGCACUGCAACGCUACUCAUGUGCUGGCACCAACAUCGACCAUGAGGACCAACACCAUAACGUCAUACCAGGUACUUGGAGGCAAGAGUCGCUGAACCUCAUGGAAUGA